CUCAACCUGGGACCCUUCUGCAUAAUCCUAAACCUAAACCCCCUUGAGGGUCUCCCACCUCCAAAUGACUAUGUGUUCUCCCUUUCCACCUUCGUCCGGGCUCUUACCUCCCCUGAAUCUAACCACGUGCCUAUCUCAGACCCCCCCUACCCGCUCUGAGGCCCAGCACCUCCUAUUUGUCCCCCUUCUACUUGUUCUCUGUUCCCUCCGUCCUCCUAGCUUUGGCCUUCCCUGAAUGUCCCCUGCUUCGCGCCUCUCCUCCACUGCUGGAUCUCCACGCCCCGCUCCCACCACCCCAGCUCGGGAUCACCUUUCCUUCGGAGGGUCCUUUAGGUCCUCCUACAUUACCUUUGUACCUUCAUCCCCAGUACCCCUUUCUAGAUGUCCCUCCUACAAAUAUACCUGCACUCAUUCCUCCCCCACUCCCACCUCUUGGGCUUUUCAGAAGCCCAGUCUCUCUCCAGCAUCCUCAGCAAAGAGCCAGGUGUUCGAAUCCCGUCUCCAGAACUGGCGGCGUCCUAGUCGGGUCGGCGUGACGCGCCAGAGGACCCGCCCUGAGGCUCAUGGCAGCGCCGGUCCGCCUGGGCCGGAAACGCCCGCUGCCCGUUUGCCCCAACCCGCUCUUCGUACGCUGGCUAACCGAAUGGCGGGACGAGGCAGCCAGUAGGGGGCGCCGCACGCAAUUCGUGUUUCAGAAGGCCCUGCGCUCCCUCCGGCGGUACCCACUGCCUUUGCGCAACGGCAAGGAAGCUAAGAUCCUACAGCACUUCGGAGACAGGCUCUGCCGUAUGCUGGACCAGCGGCUGCAGCAGCACGAAGCAUCAGGCGGUGACCAUGCCCCGAGUUCACCAUCUGGAGAGAAGAGUCCAGCCCGGGAAGGGCCCCUUGCCAGAGUCCAGGACUCUUCCAAGCCAAUUCCAGCCCAGCCCAAAGCAGGGGGCUUGGGCGGCUACUGGCCGGCUCGGUGCUCGGGCGCACGCGCAGUGCUGCUGCUGCUCUACAGGGAACACCUGAAUCCUAGUGGCCACAGCUUCCUAACCAAGGAGGAGCUGCUGCAGAGGUGUGCCCAGAAAGCUCCCAAGGUGGCCCCUGGGAGUACUCGGCCCUGGCCAGCCCUCCGCUCCCUCCUUCACAGGAACCUGGUUCUCAGGACACACCGGCCAGCCAGGUACUCACUGACUCCGGAGGGUCUGGAGCUGGCCCAGAAGCUGGCUGAGUCAGAGGGCCUGAGCUCACUGAAUGUGGACAUCGGGCCAGAGGAGCCCCCUGGGGAGGAGCCAGAAGUGCCAGGAGCAGCCUCUGCUGAGCUGUAAGGAGGACGAGGAGGGGCAUGACAGGGGAGCAAGAGGGGUCCCAGAAAUGAGGCCAGCCCUCUCUCCAUCAUCUACAGCUGAGCUGCCCCACCCAC